AUGUCGCGUCGAACUCUACGGUCGGGUAAGGUGGUUGGUGAGACUGCUAGUGAAAAUCUUGGUGCAAAUGGUGGCGUGCAAGUGGUGGUCACGGCUGAUCCGGAAGAGUCGCAUCCCGGACAAACAUGCCAAGUGUGCCGUGUGCUGGAUACAGUUGAUAUGGUGCAGUGCGACGUAUGUUCCAAGUGGCAUCACUUCCGGUGCGUAGGAGUCACGCAGCAAAUAGAACAUUUUCCAUGGAGUUGUGCCAAAUGCGAAUCAGCGGAAGGAGUUCAGGAAAUCGGUUCUACUGCAGCUCUUCUUCAAGGAAGCGGUGGUCCAUUAGGACAGUCGUUCAAAUCUCACGCGAACAGACUGUCAGUGCAGUCAGAUCAGCUCCAACAUCAACAACGAACCCAGCAACAGCAUCAGCAGAGUCCCGAUGUAGCAGCUUGUCAGCUAGCCUUCUCGCGUGCAGCGGAUGAGUCAAACCAACCCAAGGGAGAAGAUCAAGCUCCGUUCGUCUCUUCGCUUCAGUGGGUUGUGUCCCCUUCGCAACACAGAUCCAAGGCCUCAUCGGAGUCUUCGAGUCGGUCAUCACAAGCCCUCGCUAAGCUAAACCUUCAAAUGCUGGAAGAGAUGAGGGACGUCGAGCGGCGUGAAGCAGAGCGCCAACGAGCAAUCGCAGCGGAGGAAGCAAACAAGGAAAAGGCAUUCCUGGAGCAGAAGUAUCAUCUAUUGGAGCAGGCCAUGAGCGAAAACGGCUCCUCUAAAAGCGAUUCUAUGACCAGAACGCAGAACUGGAUCGCAGCUACAAAUACGCAUCGCAAUAGGCAGAUAGUAGCUCAAAACGACAUCCAAACCAACUCGAACGUGCGAGCUGGUGAGAUGCAAGUUUGGAAUCCACCAGCUACGCGGAUUAGUAGGUGUCGUUCGUCGCUAUUAGAACCAAAUCCUCCGGAUCCAUUUCCAGCGCCGGAGUCCAUGCUGAGUUGCCCCGUAGAUCCACCAGCGCUGAACGUCGGAAUGCAGCGGUUAGCUAUAGGGUCGCAGAAUCAAAUCCCCCCGCCGAUGCAGUCGCGACCGAUUCCACCGCCUUCGCGUCGGGUUUCUAUGGCACAGUUACCUUAUUCUGGUGACCGUGGAGCAGCUGCACCGGACCAUUUCAAAAACAUGGAAGCAGAUCCAUCACGACGGUUCUCACAUAACAUGUCGGUUCCGGAGUACCAGAGGUUCGCACCUCACUCGAGUCAAUCAGCAGUCCAUCAGCAGCACCAUCCUCAGUCAUCUACCAUGCGUGACAACCGCCUCUACGAACAAGAGGAGGAAGAAUCUGACCCAUACCCAAUAACUCGAAGGCAACUGGCUGCCCGACAAGCCAUCUCGAAGGAUCUUCCAACGUUUUCUGGAGAUCCAGAAGAUUGGCCUAUGUUUCUAGCCACCUUCAACAGUACCACCGCCCUCUGUGGUUUUACCAAUGAUGAAAACAUCGCCCGCUUGCAGCGAAGCUUGAAGGUCGAGCAUAUGAAGCGGUCAAAAGUCGGCUACUGCAUCCACCCAACGUCAUUGGAAUAA